UUUCAACAUCCCACCUAAUUCAUCCUCACCUGCCUGCUUGACUCACAAAGGCGAGUUGUGCUUUGGCUGGGAUGCAGAUACUGCAUCUGGCCUGUCUCUCUCACACAAAUACUAAUUAUUGAGAUUUCCUUCUGUUUGGGCCUGAUAUCCUCCAUCGUGAUCAUUCUUCAGGAAAAAGUAUCUUCAGGAUGUCUUUACUUGCACCCGAAAUUCACUCUGCCCUUGCGCAGCUUCUCCGGGCUUUGACAACGCCUGAUAACGCGGUUCGAUCACAGGCAGAGGACCAACUCAACAAUGAUUGGGUGCAAAAUCGACCAGAUGUCCUUCUCAUGGGCCUAGCUGAGCAAAUUCAAGGAGCUGAAGAUACCGGUACGAGAUCUUUUUCCGCCGUCCUCUUUCGACGGAUAGCCACCAAGGCCAUCAAAGACCCACGUUCUGGAGACACCAAAGAGGUCUUCUCAACUCUCACCCCAGAACAACGCGUUGUUAUCAGAGACAAGCUCGUGGCUUGUUUGAGCAGCGAGUCGCUCGCCGACGUUCGGAACAAGAUUGGCGAUGCUAUUGCCGAAAUUGCCCGUCAAUACACAGAUAACGGCGACACAUGGCCCGAACUUCUGGGAGUUCUGUUCCAGGCUAGUCAAUCUCCCGAAGCAGGAUUGCGUGAGGCUUCAUUCCGUAUCUUUACAACCACACCAAGCAUCAUCGAGAAGCAGCACGAAGAUGCCGUUUUGAAUGUCUUCAGCAAAGGUUUCAAAGAUGAUCAUAUCGCAGUGCGCAUUGCCGCCAUGGAAGCCUUCUCCGCAUUAUUCCGUUCGAUUCCAAAGAAGUCACAACCGAAAUUCUUUCCUCUUAUUCCAGACGUCCUUAAUAUUUUGCCGCCGCUUAAGGAAGCCGACGAAAGCGAUGAGCUCUCUAAAGCUUUUGUGGCCUUAAUAGAGUUAGCCGAGAUUUCCCCGAAGAUGUUCAAGAACCUUUUCGACAACUUGGUCAAAUUUAGUAUAAGUGUCAUUGCGGAUAAAGAGCUUAGCGAUCAAGUUCGACAGAAUUCUUUGGAAUUGAUGGCGACUUUCGCAGAUUAUGCACCCAACAUGUGCAAAAAGGAUCCGUCUUAUGCCACAGAUAUGGUGACACAAUGUUUGAGCUUGAUGACGGAUGUUGGCGCCGAUGAUGAUGAUGCCUCAGAAUGGAAUGCCUCAGAGGAUCUCGAUCUCGAAGAAAGUGACCUGAACCAUGUUGCCGGUGAACAAGCCAUGGACCGUCUAGCCAAUAAACUUGGUGGUGAAGUGAUUCUUCCUGCUACUUUCGCCUGGAUACCUCGCAUGAUGUCGUCUUCCGCGUGGAGAGAUCGCCAUGCUGCACUCAUGGCAAUUUCCGCUAUUUCUGAAGGAUGUCGUGAACUUAUGGUCAGCGAACUCGACCACGUUUUAGCCCUCGUUGUUCCGGCGCUUCAAGACCCUCACCCACGUGUGCGAUUCGCUGGAUGCAAUGCUCUUGGUCAAAUGAGUACCGAUUUUGCUGGAACUAUGCAAGAAAAAUACCACGCAGUUGUGUUGAACAAUAUCAUUCCUGUUCUUGAUUCCCAAGAACCACGUGUACAAGCCCACGCCGCCGCUGCCCUGGUUAACUUUUGCGAAGAAGCUGAAAAGAACAUUCUCGAGCCUUACCUUGCAGAGCUCCUGCAACAUCUUCUCCAGCUCCUCCGUGGCGAUAAACGAUUUGUUCAGGAACAAGCUCUCUCCACAAUUGCUACUAUUGCCGACUCAGCCGAAGCUGCAUUUGGCCAAUACUACGAAACCCUGAUGCCUUUGCUAUUCAAGGUUUUGCAGGAGGAGCAGUCAAAGGAAUAUCGCUUAUUACGUGCAAAGGCUAUGGAAUGUGCCACUUUGAUUGCAUUAGCAGUAGGCAAGGAAAAAAUGGGCGCGGAUGCAAUGAACUUGGUGAACCUUCUUGGCAACAUUCAACAAAAUAUCACGGACUCGGAUGAUCCUCAGUCUCAGUAUUUGCUCCAUUGCUGGGGCCGUAUGUGCCGGGUUUUAGGCCAAGACUUUGUUCCUUUCCUGGCCGCUGUGAUUCCUCCACUUCUCACUGUUGCAGCAGCAAAGGCCGAUAUUCAAUUGCUGGAAGACGAAGAUCAAGCGGAUCUUGUUGACCAAGAUGAGGGCUGGGAACUUCUUCCACUACGCGGCAAACUCAUUGGCAUCAAGACCAGCACACUUGAAGACAAAAAUACAGCCAUUGAACUUCUCACUGUUUACGCUCAAAUUCUUGAGGCUUCGUUUGAGCCGUACGUCGCUCAAACUCUGGAAAAGAUUGCCAUACCUGGCCUAUCCUUUUUCUUCCAUGACCCUGUCCGAGUGUCUUCAGCCAAGCUGAUCCCACACCUUCUCAACUCGUAUAAGAAAGCUCAUGGCAUUCAAUCGCCAGGAUUUGCUGAAAUUUGGAAUAAGGUUGCAGGCAGGAUCAUUGAGGUUCUCAGUGCUGAGCCUAGCAUUGAUACCCUCGCAGAGAUGUUCCAGUGCUUUUACGAGUCGGUUGAGGUGGUUGGCAAGAAUUGCUUGACCCAGGAACAUAUGCAACAAUUCAUUGAAUCUGUAAAAUCUUCACUUGAAGAUUAUCAAUCUCGGGUGAAAGAACGCGCCGAGGAGCAGGCUGAAGCUGACGAGGGAGAUGAGGACAAUCUAUCCAUUGCAUAUGCCGUAGAGGACGAUCAGACGCUACUUAGUGACAUGAAUAAGGCUUUCCACACAAUUUUUAAACACCAAGGCUCGACAUUUUUGCCGUCUUGGCAACGUCUGCUCCCGAUUUAUGAUGCCUUCAUCAGCAGUACCGAUCCUACCCAACGCCAGUGGGCGACCUGUAUCAUGGAUGAUGUGCUUGAAUUCUGUGGCCCAGACUCAUGGCAAUUCAAAGAUCACAUUCUGCAACCUCUCGUGAACGGUCUUCAGGAUGCUAAUGGUCCUAAUCGGCAGGCAGCCGCAUACGGAGUAGGCGUUGCUGCUCAGAAGGGUGGUCCGGCAUUCAAUGAAUUUGUAGCUGCCAGCAUUCCUAGCCUCUUCCAAGUAACGCAACACCCUCAGGCACGGUCAGAAGAACACGUUUUUGCAACUGAAAACGCGUCUGCAAGCAUUGCCAAAAUUCUGCGCUUCAAUGCCGAUAAAGUGCAGAACCCUCAGGAAGUAGUGGCAAACUGGAUCAACACCUUGCCUAUUACUUAUGAUGAAGAGGCUGCUCCAUACGCAUACUCGUUCUUGGUCGAGCUUAUCAACCAGCAACAUCCAGCUGUUUUGUCGAAUGCUGAAAAGGUUUUUGGAUACAUCGUCCAAGCUCUUGACCACGAAACUCUUCAAGGGGAAACUGCCAAGCGGGUUGCUGAGGCUGGCAAACGACUGGUACAAGCCACAGGUGUGAAUGCGGAUGCUAUCUUGGCUGGUGUCAACCCUGACAACCAGGAGACUGUACGCAAAUAUUUCCAGUAAUGAAAACCUGCGGAUUGGCUUCUCUCAUUUAUUCCCUAGCCCACUUUUUCACUUUGUCAUAUUCUUUUAGCUUCCAUGAAAUGUUUCGCAUACACCCCAUGUUCACGCAUUACCUAUCAAUUUAUUUACUUUAUUUUCUUUUAUUCGUGUCCACCUCCAUGUUUUAUGAGAUGAUGUAACUGGUUUACUAAAUUUUGGGACAAUAGCCAAGAUAAAAGAUUUUUAACUUGGAAGGCGUGUAGUACGACAAGCCUUAUGUAAUUACUCUUACACCUCAAUCAAUGACGAUAAUGAGUUGAAUUAACCCAUCAUAUUUAGAACAUG